AUGAAGACCGUGAAGAAAAUAUGCAGAACUUAGUAUCUGGGUCUCCUAGUACACCUAUUGCAGUUUAUACUCGAAGGUGUAUGGCCAAGCCCUUGCACUUGCAAACAAAUAUCCAUAUUCAAAAUUAAAAAAAACAUAUCAUCAAAAUAUAUAGGAGGAUUAAAAAUCCACGGCAAGUUACUCUCCUCGUAUUGAUCGAUAGCCUACUACCACCAUGACCACCAAUGGAGCACUCGGGACGAACGGGGACACCAACCACAAAAAACCCCGUGUCCUCAUGUGGUGCGUGCCUCGGUCUGUGUCGACGGCGAUGACGAAAUGCAUGAGCUUCGUCGAGGGCGCCGAGAUCUGGUUGGAACCGUACGUCAUCAGCAAGGCAGCCGAAGACACCCACAACAUAUACCAUCCCGAGAGCGACUUCCCCUUGGAGCUGGACGGAAAUGUCGAUGUGUUCAGAGAGGCUGCGAUAAAGCUGACGAUCGGAGGGGACGAUUUCGACGAAGAGCACCUCGAAUUGUUAUCACCGGUGACGCUCAAACAAAAGUUCGACAAUGUGGAUCCUUCUAACGAAUUUGUCUUCAUCAAAGACAUGGCAGUCGGGAUGCCACCGAGUCGCUAUCCGUAUCUACCCGAUCGAUCCAGUGGAUUCAAGCACUUCUUUCUCAUCCGGCAUCCCGUAAAAGCUUACAAGUCGUUGCGCGCGAAACUUCUGAACUUUCUUCUCACAGCUGAUCCUGAGUUAUUGGAGAGCGCCGGUAUGAAGAAACCCAAUGAGAAGACGUUCCAUGUCAUCAACGACGUGCCUCCGCCUCGAGAAGGAACGCAGUACAUGUACGAAGCCGUUCACCAACUCUGGACCCACAUCAAGAGGACGGCCGACGACGACCCGGUGAUCGUGGACAUCGAUGAGGUCCUGGAGGAUCCCUCGGCGAUGUUGCCGCGGAUGUGCGCUGUGUUGGGGAUCCCUUACUCCGAUAGCUUGCUGUCGUGGGACGCGUCGUCCGACGUCGUCCUGAAAUGGAAGAGCUCGUGUUCGAACGUCCGUGAUUCUCCAAGGUAUGCCAUGUGGUUCGACAAUGCCUUCAAAAGCUCGUGCUUCAAGGCGUCAUCCACCACGGCAUCACUGGAUGACGCUAGUGACGACAUCAAAGAAAUUGUCGAAAAGGAAAUUCCUUUCUAUGAAGAAAUGUAUAAUCUACGAAUAACAGUCUAAAACAAUUUUCUUAUCCUUACCAUGGGGAGCGUUUCAUGAAAGAGCUUGAUCCGACAAGUCCUGUUUUAUCCGACAGUUACCAUAGUAACAGUGCCUCUCAGCCAAUCAGAAUCAGGGAAAGUUGUCUGAUGAAACGCUCCUCAGAUAGCAAAAAGGGGGCAGGCAUCUGCGUCAGCGCAGAGGAUUAUCUGUUUUUUUUUUUUGGGGGGGGGGGCGCAACAAUAGACAAAGAAAUAAAAUUACUGCUACUUAUUUUUCAUAUAUACGUUUUUUUUAUAUAUCAUACACACAUGAAAAUAAUAAAUAAUCAUGAUUUCACUUAAUAACAUAAGUAAACUGGGGAUAUACAUUUGCGCCGGAAGGAGGAGGCAGUGGGGGCUAUUCCCCCUCCCAAAAUACUUUUGCCCCCGCGGCCCCCUGAAAUUAAGAAAAUGAUCAAUAUUAUUCAAAGAAAAAAAUAAAAAAUGAAACCAAUUUUCUUGUCUAAAUUGUAUUUUUUUAAACUAAAUAAAUGAAACGUUUUCGCCCCUGACGGGGCAAGUUAAUUUAAAAAAAAUAUAUAUAUAUACUACAAGUAAAUUUAGUGUAUAGACAAGUGUGUCCCAUUAAUAACACGAGAAACAUAACUUUUUUUAAUCCUUUCAUUUUCCUCUUAUUCAAUAAGUUUCUUUGCAAUAAAAGAAUAUUUUCAAUGCUCGAGUACUUAAUAAUUUAAUUAAUGAAUUACGAUUAAUGAUCAAUUAAUUUGCUUAUUUAUCUAUUUAUACAUAUCUAAUCAGGAUUAGUAAUAAUGAUUAACCCGGAGUAUCCCAUUUAACAUAUAUUCGUUCCCGUUUAAAUAGUGUUUUAAUUUUUUGGUACUGUGGCAAUAUUUGACAAUAAGGACAAUCUGAAUGCAAGCGAAUUCUUAAUACAUUGACAAAAGGAAUUAAAUCGUAUUUUGAAGUGUACCUGUCGGAAAUAACUCCUUGUUAAUGCUAGAGCACCUGAAUUAGGGUAUAAGCUAUGGUAAUCAUAUGGUAUUUAGGCAUAUAUAUAGAUAAAUGCUGCAUAUUAUUAUAAGACGGAACAUUUAAUUUUCAUUUGAUAAUUUUGUUAUGUGAGUAGGUGACGUCACCAGUUACCUCUUUUUAUACCUCCUGUGAUGUGCAUUUCAGAAAUAAUGUGAAAUAAAUGUCAUAACAUUGUAAUUUUA